AUGUCAGAGUUACUGUUCCUAGCCUCGGCUCCGUGAAUCAGGGGGCGUCCUACAAGCCAAACAAACAAACGAAACGCCACGAAUAUAAAUAAGACCUUUUAAGCAGCAAGGAGUUGAUUUAUUUUUUUCCUGCUGAUGCUGAUGUUUGACCACAUCACUGUGACGUCACCUUUUGGCAUUUUCAGACUGUGGGGACAAGUGGUUGUUGGAGGCUGACUUCAACAUACAGUAUCUGUUGCUACAGCACCUUUGGCACCAAGAGGAUUAUUUAGGCUACCAGAAUAAUCAUGACCACCCACGAGUCAGACGUGGGCACCAUCGCUCCAGAGCUGCCGGCGAUGUUUGACGGCAUGAAGCUGGCAGCGGUGGCCACGGUGCUCUACGUAAUCGUCCGCUGCUUGAACCUCAAGAGCCCCACUGCGUCCCCUGAUCUCACCUAUCAGGACACGCCCCUCAACCACUUCCUUCUCAAAUCCUGUUCUCAGCUGACCAAAGAGUACAUUCCUCCCUUACUGUGGGGCAAGAGCGGUCACCUCCAGACGGCACUGUAUGGUAAACUUGGUCGGGUGAGCUCCCCUCACCCCAGUGGAAUCAGGAAGUACUUACCAAUGCAGGAUGGGGCUACUGCGACCUUUGACCUCUUUGAGCCACUGGGGGACCAUCGAACAGGAGAUGACAUCACCAUGGUGAUAUGCCCCGGUAUCGGUAACCACAGUGAGAAGCAUUACAUCCGAACCUUUGUGGAUUACGCCCAAAAGGACGGUUACCGCUGUGCUGUGCUGAACCACCUAGGAGCUCUUCCCAACAUCGAGCUUACCUCUCCACGAAUGUUCACUUACGGGUGCACAUGGGAGUUUGCGUCCAUGGUUGGUUACAUUAAGCGGACAUAUCCUCAGACCCAGCUGAUUGUGGUUGGCUUCAGUCUGGGUGGAAACAUUGUAUGUAAGUUCCUGGGCGAGAACAGGACGAACCAAGAGCGAGUGCUGUGCUGUGUCAGCGUCUGUCAGGGGUACAGUGCUCUCAGGGCUCAGGAAACAUUCCUACAGUGGGAUCAGUUCAGACGCUUCUAUAACUUUCUCAUGGCUGAUAACAUGAAGAAAAUCAUCCUCUCACACAGGCACAGUCUGUUUGGAGGAAGCUCAUUGAAAAUGAUAGAUGCAGAUCUUAGUCGGCUGUACACAGCAACAUCCCUCAUGCAGAUCGAUGACAACAUCAUGAGAAAAUUCCACGGCCACAGCUCUCUCAAAGAAUACUAUGAGAAGGAGAGUUGUGUUCAUUACAUUCACAAUGUGAAUGUGCCACUGCUGCUAGUGAACUCUGCAGAUGAUCCUCUGGUUCAUGACUCUCUGCUCACCAUCCCUCGCACACUAGCAGCAAAGAAACCCAAUGUGAUCUUUGCCCUGACACUACACGGUGGCCACCUGGGCUUCUUCGAGGGCGCGGUGCUCUUCCCCCAGCCCCUCACCUGGAUGGACAAAGUGAUUGUGGGUUACGCCAAUGCCAUGUGCCAGUGGGAGAAACAGAAACCGCCGUGCCAAAGUGGCCACCUGAGUGAGAGCUCCUGUGCAGAGGAAAAAGCUUAAACCUCUGUCCUUUGUAUCUCUCUCACUAUUUCUGUUCCCUCUCACCUCUCACCCUCUCCAACACCACUGUCCCAGCACUGAGGAGACACCUGAACUUAAACCUUAAACUGCUCUCUCUUCUCUGCCUUCUCCUCUGGUGCUACUCACUGCUACUGACCCACAUUUGUCCUCGCCUUCACCACAGUUCCCCUUUGUAAUCACCAUCACCUUACAGUAUGUGAAGGAACAAAAACAACAAACUGCCUUUGUGCUCCUUUCCGUUGCGAAAACUUUGAAUUCAGAGACGGGAAAGUUUUGUUUCUUUACAUGUACACAACAAUGAUCCUUGGCUAACGGAGGCAUUGGCCAAAUGUGACGAGAGAUGGAAGUUAAGCUGGCGUUAAAGGGAAAGUGAGAGUACCACUUUAGAGUAGUCCAGUGAAAAACAAGAGCACACAAGAAGCCUCCUAUUAAAGUAAACAAGGACUGUGCUGCAGAAGGUGCCCAUUUAGUGCACCUCUAAGAAGCUCACUGCUUAUCACCGCCAAGGCCAUAUAGCCUAGUCUGCUGUCUAAACCAACACAGCGUCUUUGUAGUGUGUGUGUGUGUGUGUGUGUGUGUGUGUGUGUGUGAGUGUGUGAGUGUGUGAGUGUGUGAGUGUGUGAGUGUGUGAGUGUGUGAGUGUGUGAGUGUGUGAGUGUGUGAGUGUGUGAGUGUGUGAGUGUGUGAGUGUGUGAGAGAGACCCACAGAUGUAGUUUGUAUGUCUGUGUGCGCUUGUGUAGACAGAGAGUUAAAGACUCCUGAUGGGGCAUGUGACCUUUGUGUUCGGUUGGUGUGAUCCAAAUUCUCUGUUCAUGGUCUACUGGCCUUUUUAAUGUCUGUUCUUUUGGGUGAACUGUUGUUUGUAGGAAAAGUAGAAAACAUAAAGAGUUAUGGUGGGAUUUUACACUUUAGUCCCAGCUCCUGGCAUCUUACAUUUGGCACUUGAAAUGAAAGUGUUCAGAGCUUACCAGACAUGACGGGAUUCAUACACAUUCCCUCGGUCGCAUCCUAUCACUUUGAUUCAAUGCACUUUAAACCCUGUAUGCCACAAUCUUUUUGGUUUUUUUUUCCCCUUGUUUAUCUCGUUAUUUAAGAUGCAGGUAUGGAGAUUAUUGAUUUGGAUUAAUUCUCCUUGUGACCGAGAGGAAGAACAGAAGGGAGCAAGGAUGAUAACAAGAAGUUAGAUGAUUCAGAUGUUCCCUGUGUUGUCUGUGGUCGGUGUCUUUGAGCCCUCUUACUCUUUUGUCUGCUUUUGAUCGGCUGCUGGUCCAUCCUUCUCUUACUGCACAGCCAGAAGCCUACUGCCACUGGACAGAGGCUAAUACUCAACCCUAUACACACCUCAUUUAAUGCAAACAUCUUAGUAAACGUCCGUAUUUUCCAGCAGGUGAUCCUGUGGUAUUGAAGUUUUGAAAAGGCAGUCUACUGAUUGGCUGGUGUGGUGCUAUUAAAGGAAGAGUUCAGCAGUGUGAAGCAGAUUUUUUUUGUUUUGAUGAUGAGUAAGAGGGUGGAGGAUACCAACUCUAAACCAAAUGUUUAUUUUAGUGGAUUGUUUGUAAAAUACUGCUGAUAGUUAUUGUGUAUAAUUAGAUGGAGAACACUGCAUGCGAGUAAGGAGAGACAGAUUUAAUGCAAGGGAAUAUUUUUGUUUCAAAGACUGCAUUGACGAGCUUUUCCUGUUUUCUUGACUGGACUUAGCGUUAAAGCUGCAACAACACAUGGACUUGAAAACUGCAGUUAAUAUCUAAAAAUGAUCACAAACCUGUUCUGAUAAAAUCUUUUUGUACUACUUGGACCUGUGGACUGUUCAAAUCUGACUGGAAACCUAUUGCAAACCUUGUUGUAAGGGAUUAGGAAGCUUCUUCCGAGGCGAAGUCCAGCCAAGUAAAUCUGUAAUCUAAAACCUGCCACUGAUCACUGUGAUAAGACAGAUGGGUGGUUUGAGAUGACAAAGGGACGCUCAGUGAUUGACAGCAGUGCAUCUUGUAAGGGUGUAUAGGCCCAGGUUUAUCCCAGUUGCAGAACGUUUGGCAUAGCAGGGCAAUUUCUGUAAUAGCACACACUAUCAAUCAUAGGGGUGUGCAGAAUAUUUAAAAACUAUCAAAUUCUAAGAGUCGAAAGCCUCUGUGAAUGCUAAACAGUUUUUCAGUUUUUGUUUACACUCACACUGACUGCGAACAACAACAAAACAGGAGGAACUGUAAUUCGACUCAUAACAUUAUGGCUGAGGGAUGAUUAUCCUCAGCUUCAAACUUCAUUCUUGGAAAUAGUAGCUUGGGUUGAGAUUAUUCCUGUCAAAAGAAUAGUGCUGUAUUAGUGAAUAAGUUCACUACUGAAGUUGUAUUGUUUUUUGGCUUAAGGACAAUUUCACAAACAGUUUCAGAUUCAGAGAUCUGUUGAUUUUUGAGAUGUAAUGGCUUAAACUUAACCUCCUUUGUUGGAGAUUAUUCUGUGCAAAUACUAUGAAAUCCAGGUAUUAAUCUCACCAGUGCUGGCUUGGCUAAAAUUAAACUCAGCCAAUAUCUAAUACUGAUCUGACAUCCACAUUUAAAAUCUGUACACCUCCCUGUGUGGUAUUAUAAGGUAAAGUGUGGCCAGGGAUUGCUGUGUUUGUAAGUCAGCAGCCCGCCAUGACUGAAUUCAUGAAACUGAAAGGGGAAACACUAAAUUUUGUAACGACCAUGAAUUUGAAAAAGUAUUGGUCGAGUGUUUGGUGUUUGGGUCGGUGUGUCUCUUUGAAAGGUUUUGAUUGAAAGGUGUGGAUGUGUCUGUCUCAGCCACCACCUUCCUUUCUUUGCCCCUCUGAAGAUUUAUCACCCUGCACUGGUCAAACCACAGAUCACUGCUGCCAUCUGUUGUCAGGGAGACCUAACUACAACUGCCAGUCUGAUGGCAGACAUCCUCUCAUUCACCUACAGAGACAUGACAGUGUUCAUGGUUCACUCUCAUUUCAACAACAAAACAACAAAUCCCGUGGUUUAGAUUUAUUCUGGCUUGUGGAAAAAUCCGAUGACUAUUGAUGACACCAGCACAAACCCAGUUUCUGCAGUGAGAGCCAUUUGUGUUCUUUUGCCCCCCAACUUUGCACAAACAUGCAGGUUUAGAUGUAUUAUUUGGAUGUAUUUUUUUCUAGUUCAUUAUUUUGAAUUAUUAUUUUCUAUUUUGUAUUGUUAUAAUGACUUUGUGUUAUUGUGCAAAUGCAUCAGAGUGUGAGUGCUGAUGAGUAAGUGUGUACUGUAUCAUAUCACCACCUCUGAUUGAUAAAAACCAAAACGUCUUCACUUUAACAAUAGAAAAACAAAAUGAUUAUAUAAAGAUAGUGUAUACUCAAAUAUUUGAGGGACCAGGGAUAAAAAAUAAAGGCAAUAACCAACCAGGAGGGAAUCUUUUUUUCAUUUUGAUGCUGUUGUGACAGGAAAUAGUGUCAAAGUCUGUUAGACCAAAUUAUGUCACAUACAUUGAGAUAGUUUCCAUAUGGAGCGUGGGAUCUGAUGUGUUUUACUGUGUUGAUAUGAAAAUGUGCUCCUCUGUACUUAUCCUAACCCCUGUGCUUCAAGCCUUUUUUUUUCCCAAGAUCGUGGGCUCAUGUUCAAUUGCUUGGAAACUGAGGAAGUCAAACAUAAACCUCUCAAGGGACUUAAAAUGUCAAUGAAUCCAAAAACACACCUCGUAUUGGGGCGAACAUUGCUCAGUGUUGUGUUGUUCUAGAAGGAUUUUUCAAUUGAAAUCUCAGCCUAAGCAAGUGGAUGAGAGCCCACAGUAUGUUAACCUACAGUAAUAAUUAUACAGCUUUAAUUUUACAUUUACAAACAUUUUGAUGCUGAAUGAUGGUUCAAGGAUGUGGAGACAACUAGAAGGAGCACACAUAGUCACACAACAUAAUGUACUCUGAUAUUGAACACUGGGUGUUUUUGUGGGAAGAAAACCAGUGGUGUGUGUGUGAUCUAAUUAUGUGGGGAAAUAUGGUUAUUGUGUUCCAAAAUAAAUUAUUUUCUCAAAAGAAAAA